ACGCCCCCGACCAUGUCGUCUCAUAACUCCUCCUCAUCCAACAACGUGGUCGGUGCCCAUUACCGUGUUGGAAAGAAGAUUGGCGAGGGCUCGUUCGGGGUUAUCUUUGAAGGCACGAAUCUGCUCAACUCGCAGACCGUCGCCAUCAAAUUCGAGCCGCGGAAAGCAGAGGCACCUCAGCUGCGCGAUGAGUGUCGCUCGUAUCGCAUCCUGGCCGGCUGUCCUGGCAUCCCGCAGAUAUACCACUUCGGUCAGGAAGGCCUCCACAACAUCCUCGUCAUCGAUCUCCUGGGUCCGAGCUUGGAGGACCUCUUUGAUAUGUGCGGGAGGAAGUUCUCGAUAAAGACGGUGUGCAUGGCGGCCAGGCAGAUGCUGACCCGCAUACAAACGGUCCACGAGAAGAACCUCAUCUACCGCGACAUCAAGCCUGACAACUUCUUGAUCGGCCGCCCGGGCACCAAGAAUGCGAAUGUGAUCCAUGUCGUCGAUUUCGGUAUGGCCAAGCAAUAUCGAGACCCCAAGACGAAGCAGCACAUCCCGUACCGGGAACGAAAGAGUCUGAGUGGAACCGCGCGGUACAUGAGUAUCAACACUCACUUGGGUCGCGAGCAAUCACGCAGGGAUGAUCUCGAGGCCCUCGGCCAUGUCUUCAUGUAUUUCCUCCGCGGGAGCCUGCCAUGGCAAGGCCUCAAGGCUGCGACGAACAAGCAGAAGUACGAGAAGAUUGGUGAGAAGAAGCAGACCACACCGAUCAAGGAGCUGUGCGAAGGCUUCCCUGAGGAGUUUGCCAUUUAUCUCAACUAUGUGCGGAAAUUGGGCUUCGAGGAGACGCCCGAUUACGACUUCCUCCGAGAGCUGUUCGCCAAGGUUCUGAAGAACAAUGGCGAUGUCGAAGAUGGCGUUUACGACUGGAACCUAUUGAAUGGUGGAAGAGGCUGGGAAGCGUCAAUGGGCGGCGGGAACCAGAUUCUCGCGCAAAUACAGAACACACCGGCAACACCGCAGCAGCAGUACGAUUCUCGUCGAACCGGCCGGGCAGACCGCGAUGAUCGUCGACGCGCAUCUCAGGCGGGCAACCCCGUCAUCCCCCCUUCGCCGGCUCUUGUCCGCGCCGGUUCGAAGUCACGGCAUCCAGGCGCUCUUACGCCCGGCAUCGGCGGCACUCCGAACAUGUCUGCGGAAGCGCAAGUCAACGUUCCGGUGGCCCAGCACAGGUUGAGCCAAGGCGGCUCACAUCCGUACGCGAACGCUGCCUACGACACGUACGAGUACUCGGCCAACCAGCAGCCAUACGGCCGUGCGUCGCCAAUGGUGUCGAGCGUCGGUGCUGCGCCGCCUGCCCUGAGCAACGUCCGUGCGGUGGGCGGCGAGGUGGGCGUCGCGAACGGUGAUGACCACCAUGGGCAGCAAGAGGCUGAGCCGCCUAAGAGCACUCUCUGGAAGAUCCUGACAUGUCGAUGUGGAUGAGCAAUGGGCGCAUAACAUGCCCUGCCACGCCAAUUACGCCUCGUUACGCAUACACAACUCAUCCGUCCUGUCCUUACAGUUUGGUCAUAGGCUUGGUUUAUUCUGCUGGAUUUUUGGCUACGUAUUGGGUCGCUUCCUUAUGGUGUUUCCUUGUCUCUCGCUCAAUACCUCCAUCGUUUACAUUGCUGUUGGCUCUUCCCUCUCAAGUCAUUGGCCGAUACCUUUGCCCGCAAUACUUCUCCGUCUAUUGGGUUCGCUCACCGUCAACACCUCCAGUUGCCAUGUAUGCAUCUCAUUCACCGCACCACCCACGUCCCACCUAUACGAUGACCAUCGCUAUCCACUCUCUCGCGUGCGUACUGUCGCGCUCUUCUACCCUUUCACGCUUACGAAUACAUUCCCGCGUAAUCAGCUAAUACAUUCAGAGGCUGCCCCGAUGUUAGGGCGAAAUUGCAGAUAGU